CUUCAGAUGGCUUGCGGAUUAUGACCAGAUUUCGCGCUACAGUGGCUGCUAUUCGUCGAAGUUGCGGCCCCGGCCCGCUUAGGUUCAGCCAUCCAAUAUCCUGAUGCAAGUUCACGCACUCUGCAGACAAGGCUGAAACUCAGCCUUGAGCGCAGCAGCUAUUAGGGGACAGGAUCCCGCAUCUUCUUCCUGCUGAAGAACGUCUUGUACCCUCUUUCAUUUUUCUCCAUCGAAUCGCGACAUUUUCAGGACCCUCUGGACGAGAUGUCAAAUCCAUACAGAAGAACGCCCGACCCGACAACACGACCUCCUUCCUACACACCAGAAAUCCCUGUCGUUAGAGCCUCGAAAUCAGAAUCCUUCAAAGGUCUCGGUCGACCUCGAGGAUCAUUAUCUGCUGGUGCAUUUAGGGAUGUGCCAAAGACUACUUCCCUUGAACCAUCACAUGCGCUCUCCCGCGAUCGACAAGAAGCGAACAUCGAGCACACGCAGCUAAGAUUGUGUGAGAGCUGUGAAGUCGAAAAGUCGCCAGUAUGGAAUUGCUCAUACUGCGACAUGGACUUCUGCGAUCAGUGUUGGGGCAAACAGGGCCCACACAAGGCAGGUCGAACUGGCCCUGAUGGUCUCCCGCAUGAGAAAGCCAACCCCGCAAUUGUCAAAAGGUUGCAAGACAUUUUGACUCCCCCUCAAGAGCAUAGCGAACAGCAAAUGUUGCACGUUGAGGAUGAAGAUACGACGUGGUUCGGCAUGGUACACAACAGCCAAAACUCACCUGCUUUCCAGGAUUAUGGCCGUUACUCAGCCAUCAUGGCGGACAGCAACUCUGGCGAGUUCAAGUUUCGGUAUCCGCAGUUAGUGUCCUUCAUCGGUCAAACGGGAGCAGGGAAGAGUACGCUUAUCAAGAUGCUGAUCGAUCAACAAGAACGUGCACACUUGCCUCGGGAUUGGUCUUUGCCUUCGCCCGUUGCGGGAACGUCGGCCAAUGGUAACGUACCCACUUCCGGAGACGUUCACUUGUACAGUGAUCCGAGCACAUAUACCACUGAGUACCCCAUGCUCUACGCCGAUUGUGAAGGCCUAGAGGGUGGCGAGAACAUACCAAUGGCCGCGCAAUAUCGAAACAGUGCAACGGCACCACCAAAAGAAAAGCAAAAAGAGGAUCAUGCGCCAAGAGAGCAUCGUAGACGCCGCAAGGUGUCCAAAAGCUUUCAUAGCACGCAGAGAGACAUCAAGUGGGCAAACUCUCCAGACAAAUCGAAGCGGCAGUAUGCUGUUACAGAGCUCUACCCUCGUCUGCUGUACACGUUUUCUGAUGUGAUCGUGUUUGUUCUGCGCAACGCAAAAACGUUCGAAUCCACAGUUUUGGGGUUGCUCAUCAAGUGGGCAUCCUCAUCGUUUGAGAAGUCUGUCAAUCAACCCACACUUCCUCAUGCUGUGAUUGCGCUCAACGCGACAGACACCAAAGUCGGCCAGCAAGAAUGGGACCCCGAAUACGCGACAGAAUUGCUCAUGUCCAACGUCGCAGGAGCCAUCGGUCGAGAUCCAACAUAUAGAGACCUACGAGACUAUUGGGUCGGAAGAGGCCGACGCAUUCAGACCAUGAAGGACCUGCUUGAAUGUUACUACUCUUCCAUUACGGUGGUGCGAAUCCCGGGAGAAGGCCGUUAUAUGAUGAUCGAUGAUCAAGUCAAGAAACUCCGCGAAGUGAUCAGUCGCCGGUGCGUCGAGUCAUUCAACGCCAAACGGAGGUCCCGCAUGCUUUCCAACUCGGAAAACCUCAACGUCUAUUUACAAUGCGCAUUCGACCACUUCUCGCAGGAUCUUCAUACGCCCUUCAACUUCAUGGACAUCUCGUUCAAGAUCAACCCUAUACCGCUAGAUUUCGGGGGUAACAUCCUGAAGUUGGCUGUCGCAAUGAAGGCUCAAUUCGACGAUCCGAGGAAGAUUUUCAAGGAAUUGAGCCAUAUGGUGGCUUCUUGCAUACUAUUGGAUUGCGUCCGCCAGGAUCUAAAAGGAUCAGCGGAGCAGAUUCUGGAGAAGCAAUACAUCGAUCAUUGCGAUAGCGCCCUUGACGACUUUUGUGCCAUCUUCUGGCCAUGUUCAUUCGCUAACAAGCGUGGUGAACGAUGUGUGAAUGUAAAAGAACGCCAUGCCAAAGGACACCAAAAUCAACGUGGCAACGUCAUCGGAUCAGGUCCUUACGAGUCAAGUUUUACCUUUGACAACUUCUGCGAGGACUGGUUCAUCCACCUUAAGCAUUACCUCACCACCUUUCAGAACGAACUUGAGUCGCAGAUGACCAUGUCCCCAACCGCGGACGAGGUCGUGGUGACCACCAAGCUUCAUCACGCCAACGUCACCAGCUUCUACUACCACAUGGGUGGCGCUCGGAAUUUUGUCAGUCAUGCUACCUGCUUCUGUUGUCUGAGGGAGUUGGCUGAGCAUCCCCUGCCUUGUGGACAUGUGCUCUGCACGCCUUGCGUCAAAGGCUACGGUAAGCCACACGAGGAGCUCUCUGGUUCCUUUACGAUCGCAACAUGUCCUCUACAUGACUAUGACGCCGUCUUCUCUACACCAGUGGAGGUUUACUUCAAACCGCCGCUGGCAGGUUUGCGUAUCCUAUCUCUUGAUGGGGGUGGCGUGAGGGGAAUAGUCAUUUUGGAAGUACUUCGCCAGAUUCAAAUGGAAUUAGGCAGUCGCAUCAAAGUUCAAGAAUUUUUCGAUCUGAUUGUUGGCACCAGUACUGGGGGCAUCUUAGCGCUUGGUCUUGGUAUCAAGAACUGGUCUAUAGACCGCUGUAUGGAGCUCUUCUUGAGGAUGGUUGAGAAGGCUUUUACCCCCAAAUUCUUCGGGGGGGUGAGCUUAGGAACCACAAAAUACCGCACUCACCCCCUCGAAGAGGCAUUCAGUGAGUGCUUCAAGGAUGAGUCCAUGUUCGGUGGAGUGCGUGAGACUCCGCUUGCUUGCACGCGCAAAGUUGCUGUUACUUCCGCAACGGAAACCGCUGAGCAAGCCGUAAUCUUCACAAACUACAACCGCGCAGACGACGAACAGAUUGGCUACCAACUGAUCCGACCUGAUAAUCCAAAGAACGAUGUUAUGAUUCGAGAAGCAGCCCGAGCAACCUCGGCCGCCCCAACAUACUUCAAACCGUUCAGAAACUCACGGACAAUGGAAGGAUAUGUGGACGGUGCCGUGUUCCACAACAACCCAGUGCGAAUCGCCAACUACGAAAGCAAACUUCUCUGGCCCGAUGCCGAUCAACGACCUCCGGACAUCCUGCUCUCGAUAGGAACCGGCCAACAUGGAGCGGACACUGAUGACUUUCUUAGUGCCUCGCGCUUCGACAGCAGACGCUUACAAAUCCGAAAGAUGCUGAACCAGGUCAAGCCUGCACCGCGUCAAACACGCUCUAUGCCUGGACUGAAAGCGUUCUCUGAAAUUGAAUCAUGGCUGACAAUUUUCAAAAAACGGGUCGAGAGUGCUCUGGAUGCCGAACUGACCUGGAAAGAGUUCCGUAAAGACGUAGUCGGAACAAUCCCCCAUGCUGCAGCCGAGAGAUACAUUCGCGUCAAUCCAAGGACGAAGAAUCGCAUCCCAAAAAUGGACGACAAGUCACAGCUUGACACUCUGCAUGACGAGAUCAAAAGUAGUCUUCGUACACACGGCUCGCAGACAAAGAUCAAGAACAUUGCGCAAAGACUUGUCGCAAGUUCAUUUUACUUCGAAAAGUGCGGCCCACCAAGACCUACCGAGGAUCACAUCAUAGUGCAAGGCAAUAUUCAGUGCAGGUUUGCUGCAGGAUCCCACAAUCUACGCGAUCUAGGGGACUAUAUACGCAGGCAUCAGCAACCUCACUUUCAGCCGUACUUCCGUAUACAGGAGAGCAUGUGCGAUGAAGGAGCUCAAUGCAUACAUGUCACAACCCAGAACAUUCGCGAAAUGACAGACAGAGGGCUGUUUUAUCUAGAUUCGGUUGUCAUACAAGUGACUUCGGAAGAUGCAGUAGUGUCGAUUGAUUUACAUCUGGCUGAUGAUCGAACUCUGCGACGUGGGCAGUCUGGAUUUCCCAUCAGCGGUUUUCCACGGGUCCUCGCUGAUGGCGAACCUCUCAAGAGGACUAGUGAGUGCUUGCUCAGUUCCAUUGCUUCUACAUCGUUGUGCCAAAUAACUGAUGGCUGUAGCUUCUCAUCCGACUUCGCCGAAGCCCGAACGCCCAAAGAUAUUCAACAAACGACAGUCUCUUCGUGAGAAACGGCACGCCUAUACCUCUCUAGAACGCCCGGCAAGCGACAGCAACAUAUCUUACGCGAGCC